AUCGUUUGUUAAGUUAAUUUGUUAUUCCCCCCUAUUGUUUAUAAAGUUUAGCUAAAUAGAUUCAGUAGAUAAAAGCAACAGAUGAAAAUUUAAAAUGCCGGGAUAGUUUCAAAUUCUAGGUCAGGAAUUGUCCAUGUUAUUGAUUUUAGGAUUUUUUCUCUUGUUUUGUGUGAUAAUGUGAAAAUUGUUAUUUUGCUGAAAAACAUUUUUAAAAUUGUAAGACUUAUUUUGGGCGGAUACGCUUUCAUCUAGUCACUUGCGAGAUUAUCCAGGCCUUCUAAUGAAUCUAAAAAAUGCAGACUUUUGUCUGACAAAGGGUUCGGGAACCCUUUGUCACUUUUACCCGGCGAUUUUCUUUACUUUCACGCAAUAACUACAGGCAUUUCCUAUCAAAAUGUUUUUUUCUAUUUUAUGUUAUGAUGAUAUCUUAUCAGUUAUUUGUUUAAUAGGCAGAUUAUACCUACUUUAGAUUGUUGAGGAUUUUGUUUUUCGCAUAAUUUAUCUGGAUGUCUGCGAUCAUAAAUUGAUAGACUCACGCUGGACUGGCAGUUCCGAAUGAUUCCUGAAGGACGCAUUGGACUCAUUAUUUCAGUGGAAGAAGCCCCAACUGUUCACGGACCGACAAACUCAAUUUGGCAAAAAUAUAAUUAGUCUAAUAAUUGAAGUUUAAUUUAACAGAAAUAUAUCUGAGAGGAAAUCGAUACAGAUACUUGAAUGUACAUCAAUUGACCGAGUUAAUGUGUAUUACAGUGUUGAAAAAAAUGUUCGCCCGUGUAACAUUCUAUCCGACUUUAGUCUACAAUGUGUUAAUGGAAAAAUUGACCCCUCGACAAUGGUACAAUAGAAUAGAUGAUACGGUCAUUCUAGGGGCUCUGCCCUUCCCGAGUAUUGCUACAGAAAUAAUCGAAAAGGAAAACGUAAAAGCAGUAGUUUCAAUGAACGAGGAUUACGAAUUGUUUCUAACAAAUAAUUCCAAGUCAUGGAAAAAGUUAGGAGUUGAAUUUCUUCAAUUGGCCACUGUAGAUAUAUUUGCCACGCCGUGUCAGAGUAAACUGGUCGAAGGAGUAAACUUUAUCAAUAAAUUUGUGGACUCACAAAAAGUGGUCAAUGGCAUAUCAACGUCUUCAGUUUACAUUCAUUGUAAAGCUGGACGCACGCGGAGUGCAACAUUAGUGGGUUGCUAUCUAAUGAAGAGAUACAAUUGGACACCGGAGCAAGCAGUAAAUUGCAUGAAAGAAAAGCGACCACACAUAUUAAUGCACAAAAAACAGUGGGAAGCAUUACAGCUAUUCAGGGCGCAGAAUUUGAAAAGUUGAGGCCAGUUAUGUGAAAAGCGCCUUUGAUGUAGAUAAUAAACGAUCCUAAAAUAGGUACCCAUUUAAACUCAAACAGUCAAUAUCAUUAUUUUAUUAGCGGAUAAUAUAAAAAUUCUUUGAACAUAUCACUUCAUGAUUGGGA